AUGUCUAAUGGAGGAGCAACGCGCUACUCCCAGUACGUGUCCGGUGGUCCAGGACCUCAGCAGAAGCAGCCAAACGGUACCGGCAAAGUGACAGCUCAAGUGUCAUCGCAGGUGUCCCAACAGCAACCCCAAAUACCGUCGCUACCCUUCAUGCGGCCCCCCAUGCUGGUGACGUCUUCCGGUGCGUCAAUGUUGCCACCACCGCCAAGCCCACAAACCGCACCCGGCCAAGGUACCGGUGGAGGGCUUCCGAAGUAUCCUGGCUCACCGAUCGGCAGCCUGUCCGGUUCCGAUACGGAUGUGUCCACCUCAAACGAGAACCUUUCGCGCGAGGAGCGCUACGUGCUGAGUCAUGCCCGGGUCGAACCGCAGGGUGAAGAGAAUCUGCAAGGAAGUGUCACACCGGUGAACGAAAUGCAAGCACGGUACAUUGGAGAUAAGUUUUCAUCCAACACUUCCUCGGAUUCGACACGCUACGCCACACCAUCCGGUGGUAGCAGCAGCCGGAGCAUGUCCGAGACACGUGGCGGUGGGGGGUUGUACUCCAACGGCACUGGCGCACCGGAAGCUCCUUCGAACCGUAGCUCGAUGGCGGGCUCGAAUCGAAACUCGCUUAAGGAACCGAACUCGAACCGCUCGUCGAUGGACGUGUCGCAGUCGUCCUACAACACGCUCAUCAUUCAUGACGACAUCUACAGCUCGGUGGCGUCCUCGGGCCGGGAGUAUGCUUCCAGUCCGCCGCCUUACAUGAAGAAGGAGCGUCCGCGGUCGUACGGUGAAUCGGCACCGGCCGGUCCGAUGCAGGACAUUUCGGAGAUCAACGAGGAGUACAUCAACCAGAGCCACGUGCUGAAGCAUCUCGCUAAGGAGGUGAAGUUGUCGAGGGCUACUGCCCGGACCAGCCGGCAGCAAUCGAGCGGGGGCUCUUCGGCGUCUACGGCCGAUGGAGAACAGAAGGUGGGGGGUAAGGUUGGUCAGGGGCAAGGUCGGCGUGGUAGCGAAACAACGGCCGGUGGUGGAGGAACCGCUAAUGGGAAGCUGAAGAGCAAAAGUCAGCCGGAUUUGACGCGAUUGUACGAUAUCGACCCGGAGGAGGUGGAAGCGAUGCUGAAGGAGAACUCGUUGCUUAAGCAGCAGCUCAGCAACUGCUACCUGAAGGUUGCUAAAAGCCAAAAGCUCGAACAGGAAAUAGCCAACAUAUACCGCGUGCAUGAGGAACUGGUGCAAUCCUGCGAUCGACGGGAGCGACUAGAGCGUGCGGCUCGCACGCGCCUGCAACAGGACUGCCGACGACUGCAGGAGCUAAACCGAGCGUUCCGCGAUCAGGUUGAGGUGUACCAAAGCCAGCUACACGCCUCGUCCGAUCAUCAGCUCGGUCGUACGCAACAGGACGUGCUUAUCUCGCAGCUAGUAAAUCAAAACAAAUCGCUGAUCGACGCGAACCGCCGGCAGUGCAUCGAGCUGCAGGCUCAGAACGCCACACUCGAGGAACAGCGGAUUCACAUCAACGUACUCGACACCGCGCUGAAGCGUCUCGAGGAAGAGUGCCGCCAGAAACAAGUGUACGUUGAGCGAUGCGCCCAGCUGCAGCACGCCCUGCAGUCGUUGCAAAAUGCAAGCGAACGGCGUGAGCAAGCUGAACGGAAGCUACGCAUUGAGUAUGACAAUGAUCUGCCGAACCGGAGUGGCAGCAGCACGAACAGCGAAACCGACAAUCUCAAGUGGCAGCUGCGGGAAAAGGAUGCCCAAAUACUUCGGCUAGAAGCCGAAUGCGCUCAACUGGAGCAACGCAAUCUGGAGGAAUCGAACGUGCGUAACGUUGCCAAGCUUGCGAUGGAGCGAAAUUCGCAGGAAACGGAACGCAUCCUAGCCGAAGCGAAGCAGGAGAAAAUCCGCUACCUCGACGAAGUGCACGCGGCCAACCGGAAGGUGACGGAGUUGCAGACGCGCCUGAAGCUGGUGGAGAACCGGCUCGCCGAGAAAGACGCAAUGAUUCGGGCGUACCAGGGUCAAAAAAUUUACGGCAGCUCGACAAACUCCUACGGAUCGUACAACCUAUCGACAGAUAGCUUCGCAUUGAAUCCACUAGGAGCUUACAACUCACAGGCAUCGUACGUGGAUGUGUCGAGCGGUGCGUACGAUGUGACCACCGGUGCCGGUGGUUCGUUGCUGGAUCCUUCCUCCGUUGUUGUCGGACCGUACGGUCCUACGACGGCGGCCACCGUCGUGUCCAGUUACGCAUCCUCUUACGGUCCUUCGGUCGCCAAUUCGACCUCGUUUGCGCAAAGCUCGCUCAACCUGCCCACCGGUGCCGGUGGUGGUGGAAGUAGCACCGGAAGUGGUGUCCCUGGAGGUCCGGGUGUUGGAAGUGGCGCUUACUCAUCCCCUGGUAGUAGCAGUACCACCUCGAACUACAGCAGCACGGCCAAUUUCGGUGCCGGGAGUGAGCACACCAUCUACGACAGCAAAAGCUACGACGCGCAGCGAAAAUCCAUCGAUGACCAGCUGAAGCAGCUCGACGAGCAGCUGCUGAGCAAGCGCGGUCUAUGCUGCUUCCCGAGCCUGACGACGAAAAAACCCAUCCAAUCCCUGCUGGCGGACGAAGUGUCCGUCCUUUCGACGAAUAACAGCGAAACUUUUCUUCAGAAUCUAACGCACCUCGGAUCGGACCGACGCUCGGAACAACCGCCCGAUCGUGACCAACCCGGAGGCGGAGGUGGCCAGAAAGCGGAAGAUAUGGUCCUGCUGGAAAAACAGGGCCGAUGUUCACAGAAACAACGCGGAGGGAGCAGUUCAUCCAGUGGCACCCUCGGGAACCUUGCGCACGUGUCGCAGACCGUGGGACAAAACAUGACCGACAUCAGUAACAUCGGUGCGCCCUCUGGUGGUGGUGCGGAUGAACCAGGUGGAGGCCAAGGAACAUCCGGAUCGGGCAGCAAGGUGCCCAAAAUGCUGUCCGGAGUGGCGCAACAGGUCGCAGCCCACCGUGGAUCGUCACUGCCACCGAGUGCAUUGCCACGGCCACCGAGAAGCCUUAAACCACCGCGGAAGAUCGAGUACGGUCGGUUGAGUGACGGUGGAACGGAUGGAAAGAAGUCGCGCGCUGCGACACCACCGUCACCGGCGUCAUCUUCCGGUGCGAGUCAGAAUGGGGGCAGCCUCAAGCGGACGGGUCGUGAGUUUUCGCUGGCCAAGGGGGGCUACAUCGAGAUGAAGGACACGCUACAGCUGACGAAGAAUUUCCCGGGUGCGGGCACGAUGAAACACAAAUCGUACGGUUCGAUGACGACCGUCGGAACCGGUGGUGGUGUAACCGGUCCUACAGGGACGAAGUUCGGUUUCGGUUCGUCAAAAUCCGGCUCAAGUGGACCCGGUUCGUCCGGUGAUUAUCCUUCCACCAAGAACUACCAGCGUCUCGAGGAUCCAACCCCAAAAAGCGCCACAGGAACGUCAGCUGGACACCUGCACAACACCAGCUCCUCACAAUCGUCGCAAUCGCGCAAAAGUUCCGGUGAUUCCGGAACACUAAAACGCUCGCUCCUGCCCAACGGGGGUCGCAAACCAAACGUCCUGUCGGGUGGUGCAACACCCAAAGGAAGCGGUUCGCGUGAUUCCCUCAAUUCGGCCUCUUCCGGAUCGAACCACUCGAACGUGGGACCACGUUCGAGCCCGCAACCUUCCGGCCACCACGCCGUGGCCAACCCGGUCUACCAUUCACACCAGCUGCCAUCCCGCACACCUCCACGCUUCCUGCCACACCACCAUCACCAACCCUCGACCUCGGUGGAGUCGAAUAAGUCGCAAAACUACCACAACGUGUCACCGCAAGGCACGCAACAGUUCCACCACGGGUUCUUCGCAAAGUUCCCGUCGGGGUCACCCGUCCGGACGGUGCACCACGUGGCCACACCACCACCCGCCAAGACGUCCUCCUCGCUGCCCAGCUCCAGUAUUCUCCAUGCCGCUGCUAGCUCUUCAGCUACGUCCGCAAUCGGUCAAACGUCGACGGCAUCCCUGCCACCGAAACCGUCCAUGUUGGACAAAAUGGUCGGUAAUGCAUCGAAUGCAUCGACCACCGGUGGCCACCAGCAGCGAAGGGGCAGUAGUUUGGCGCGGGUUGAGAACAAAUAUCGCAUCCAGUUUUAAAACACGCCUUGGUGGCCUUGGAUUCCACUUCCGUCGGGGGAUUGGUGAAAGUUCGCUUGAAACCAUUCGCGCGCGCGCGCGUGUUCUAGUCCGCUAGAAGAAAAGCCAUAAAUAAAGCAACACACAU